CAAAUGCUUGUGCCGUGCUACAAUUUUGGGCCGCUCUCCGUUGCGGCUCUGCCACUCCGUAAUACCAAAGGAGACCGUUAACCGGACAUCGUUGUUCCCAAAUGGGAGAAGCAUCGAAGGCGGACGAAGGCCGUGGCGGACCGAUGCCCGAGUACGAGCGGCAAAGGCUCUCCAGGAUACGAGAAAACCGAUCGAGGCUCGAAGCCCUCGGCAUCCCGGGACUCGCUUCCUCCCUCCUCAGCCCUCCUCCUCCUCCCUCGAAGCUCCAGGAAAGGAGGGAGAAGGCGAUGAAAGGAGCAGGCCGGGGAAGAGCCGUCGGCGACGAGGAUGACGACGAUUACUUACCCUCUGAUGCUGAUCAAGACGAUGGGGGAGAAGGCGGUGGGGAGAGUUCUUCCUUGGGCGAAGAGGAGGAGGAGGAACAAGCGGAAAAGAAGCCUUCUUCUGUCUCGCGGGGAAAGGGAAAGAAAAGGGGUUCUUCAAAAGCAGCAAAAGUUAUGAAAAAAGGUAAAACAGAACCUAACGAUUUGACUGACAGUGAUACAGCCUUAAAGCAGGCAAUUGCUCUUUCAUUGGGAGAACACAUGGAUCCAAAUGAAGCUGUUGGUGGGAUUCCUCAAAAUUCUGGCAGUAGUGUAGCUGAUUUUGGUCCUUAUAGGAAAGAUAAAUCCAGUGCACAUGGACCUGCCGGGAGAAGGAAGAGCAAGAUUGUGAACAAGAGCAGAGUGCAACUAACUGAAGAUGAAGUGGAUGCUUACUUCUUUUCAUUUGAUGAAGUUGGUAAAGGCUACAUCACGCAACAAGAUCUACAGAAAAUGGCCAUUGCUCAUGAUUUUAGUUGGACAAAGAGUGAGAUUUUCAAUAUGAUCCAUUGCUUUGACAGUGAUGGAGAUGGAAAGCUAAGUCUGAAGGACUUCCGAGCCAUUGUAUGUCGAUGCAAGAUGAUUAAAGAUGCCGCAAAACAUUGAUUUUGGCCGACACUUGUAAUUAUCUAGACCAAGUAAUUUGUCAUGUAUAUCUUACUCAAGGAUCAUUACUUUUCCAGGUCUUUUUGUGUCCAAGACUCUUCUUUCUUCUAACUCGUUAAAAAUGUGCAUUUGUGCAAAGUGGUGGAUAGAAGAAAAUGGAAGAAGGGAACAAUUUUGGCCUUCCCUAUUCUUUCAGUAUCUUAA